AGACAACGCAAACAUCAUAAAAACAUCAUAAGAAGAAGAACUCUUUGGCUUCACUCCCGAUUUGUAAUGGAGAAGAAGGCCAAUCAUGGAGAUGAUGUGCAAGAGAGUGUUCCUAUUAUCCAUAGCCAAGUCGUGAAGAUCAAAAGGGAGUUUGAGAAGAUACAACACCCGUCACUAAAGCAGCCUGAGAUGCCGUUAGUGUUCCGCGAGAUCAUGGGUCCACGUCGUUCCCGUUCUCCCCUCGGUUUAGGAGAGCGAGAGAGAUCAAUCCCGGUUGGGAAUUGAUACAAAAGGAGAGAGAGCUAGAUAUAGAUGAUCCUCUGUGUGUUGGGGUUUAUCUUUCAAUGUAAAUAUCUUUGGUUAAUAUGAUGAGUCUCCUGUUUAAUAUCCUGAAACAACAUCUCUUUUACCUC